AUGUAUUCGACAUGGCGGGUAUCUGAAUUAAAAGCUGAACUAAAGAAGCGAGGUGCGUCUUUACGAGGAAGGAAAGCAGAUCUAGUGGAAAGAUUAGAGUUAUAUGAUCAAAAUUUUAAUUUUGGUAACUCCGAGAAUCAGGAUGAAGAUGAUCUUACAAUGAACCUUCCAGAGUCCAACACAUAUCGAGAUAUAAAUAGCUGUACUUUGUUACCACCUCUAACAAAAAUGCAUAUAAGACAUUAUUUUUGCUGUGUUGAUAAUAAACUUGAUAAGGCUAAAUCCUUAUAUGAGUCUCGAUACCUCAUACUUGCAAGAGCUACUACUGUUGGUGACUCUACUUUUGUGAAAGGCUAUUGUAAAAAGACCAUGAAAGCUUUACAGUAUGAAGUAGAUGUUAAAAUUCAUAAAAAUGGAACACCUCAGGAAUCCCACUGCGAAUGUCCAGCUGGAAGUGGCAUAGAGGCAAAGUGCAAGCAUGUUGCUGUGCUUUUAACUGGAAUUGAACACAUGGUGCGUCACAAAAUUAUAUUACUGCAUCAAGUUAGCACACAAAGGUUGCAGACAUUUCAUGUGCCCAAAACUCCAUUUACAGCUUCUCCUAUAGUUGCACACAAGUUGCCUAAGAAAAAGAAUAGUAAAAGAUUUAGUCCGUAUCCUAUUCACAUGAUUGACAAAGAGAGCUACAACAAUAAAAUUCGUAAUUUAAUUUUAAAUUAUCCAAAUUCUACAAUGCCUCUUAAACAUUUAUAUGAACCAGCAAAUCCCUAUGCCAUUAUAGCAGAUCAUGCCUACACAUCUUCCAACCCUGAAGAUAAAAUUUUAGAAAAACUAUGCUUAUUAAAUGUUAAUGAAGAAUCUAUAAAAAAUAUUGAGAAAAUAACAAGAGGACAAAAAAGUAAUUCAAUGUGGUACGAAGAAAGAAAACAUAGAGUAACUGCCAGCAAUUUUCAUACAGUUUGUCAUCUUAAAGCCUCUUCAAAACUUAGCUACAGCAAACAACUUUUUAGUAAAAAACCCUUUUCAUCUAGGCCAACAACACAUGGCAUCUUGAAUGAACCAAUAGCUCUAAAGGAGUAUCAGUCUCAGUACGAAUUAAAUAUUGAAUUUUGUGGGUUAUUUGUUAGCAAGCAGAGACCAUAUUUAGGUGCUACACCGGAUGGUCUACUGGGAGAUGACACCAUCAUUGAAAUAAAAUGUCCAUAUUCCACGAGAAACAAUAUCAUAACUGCAGCAACUGUGCCCUAUCUGCUUAAUGACUCUUUGAAUAAAAAGCUGCUAUUAAAAAAAACUAGUCCAAUAUAUUAUCAAAUCCAGGGCCAAUUGUAUUGUACAAAUAGGAUAUACUGCAAUUUAAUAAUUUAUACAUAUAAAGACAUGAAAGUUGUUUAUAUCACAAGAGAUGAUCAUUUUAUUUCAGAGAUGUUAGAAAAAUUGGAUGAUUUUUAUAAUAAUUUUUUUAAAGGCAUAAUUUUAAAUAACUAUUUGUACAAUAACUAUCAUUUAAUAAAAAAACAAAAUUGA